AUGCCUCUCUGGAUCAUCUACCACCCCCCCAACACCUUCACCUCGCUCCCCGAUAAAACCGCCCUCGCAAACGAAAUCACAAAACUCUACACCAUCGUCGGCCUCCCUAGAUUCUACGUAAACGUCCUCUUCCAGCCCAUUCAACCCGAGUCUUUCUUUAUCGGCGGCGUACCCCGUCCCUCACCCAACAGCGAAGCAAACAAGCCCGGCCGCGAUAGCUCAGUGUCUAUGAUACGGAUCAAGAUGGAACAUCUUGCAAGGCAAUUGUACUUACAUCCCUAUGUUCAUCUCUCAUGGAAGUAUGUGCUGACGCAUGAGAACAGUACUUCACUCGAGCACAAACACCGCUUUAUGGAUGCUGUGGACAAGGCGUUGAAGCCGUUUAUUGCGGAUAAAGGCUACGAUUGGGAGUAUAGUUGUGAAGAUGUAGACAGGGAUUUGUGGAAGGUGAAUGGAAUGGUGCCGCCGAUGCCGGGGACGGAUGCGGAGAAGGAGUGGGCGGAGAAGAAUGUUGCUGUGCCGUUUAGCGCGGAGAAGGGGGGGUUGGCGGGGAAGUUGUAG